AUGGCGUCUCGAACUCUCUAUCCACUACCGGCUCCUCUCUCCGAGCUGCCCAAAUACAUCGCUCAGCAUCCGGACCAGCACCUUGGCGACAUCAUUGAUCCGUAUCGCCGCUACGAGGCACAGUUGCGGACUCUUUACGCCCAGAGCCCUGAGGAUCCUCUCCUUAAGGACCCCUACCUCAAUGCGCUCCCGCUCUUUGCCGAUGGAAAUGGCGUCCCCAUUGCAACCCGGGCUAGAGACUUGGCCUCUGAAUCCGAAGAGGAGAAGGCAAAGUACAUCAUGCCUCUUCCAGAGGACAAGCGGCGGCCGCACGGCUCCCCUGCUACUGUAGGCGACAUGGCGGAAUUCCAGCACAAUUUCAACAUCUUCUCAGAACUCUCACUUUCGGACAUGAACUGGGACAACGUGGUCGCCGCUGGGUCGUCUGUCGUCAACUGUCUUCUGCCUGUGCCUGAGCCUUUCAAGCAGACAAAGCGAACCCUGCGAGAGUAUUACCAUGAGAAGUUCUGCCCAGCCUCCGAUGUUGACCUGUUCCUUUACGGCCUGAGCCAUGACCAGGCGAUUGAGAAAAUCAAGCAAAUUGAGCGCGCCAUCAAAGACGCUCUUUUGAAUGAAGUGACCGUGGUGCGAACGAAAUAUGCGAUAACCAUCGCCAGCCAAUAUCCAGUCCGCCACAUACAGAUUGUCCUGCGAGUCUACAAGAGUCUCAGUGAGAUCCUGACGGGCUUUGACAUUGAUGCCGCUGGGGGCGCGUAUGAUGGAAGACAAGUCUAUGUCACUCCUCGAGCUCUUGCUAGCUUCAUUACCCAGGUCAACCAUGUCGAUCUCACGCGACGCAGUCCCUCCUAUGAAAACCGUUUGUCCAAGUACUCACACCGCAAUUUCGAGAUUUACUGGCCUGAUCUGGACCGUUCGCGUGUUGACCCGACCAUCUUUGAGAGGAAUUUCAAGAGGACCCUUGGUCUUGCUCGCCUUCUGGUUCUGGAGCGGUUGCCCACAAGGUCAUCAAGGGAUGAGUAUUUGGACAAAAGGCGCAAGGAGCGAGGAAGACCAGCCAUCAACCGGGGAUAUAUCUUCCAAAUGGGAGGAAACAUCAAGGACGAUCAUGAAGAUGAGGUCGCCGAGUGGGAGUACGAGGAAGAAGCGAGCAGCUAUACCACCUUCACGGUACCUUACGGAAAAAGAUAUAAUGCUAAACGCAUCGAGAAGCUUUGCUAUACGCGCGACCUGCUGCUCAACGCCGAGUGGAAUCAAAAAGACGACCACCGCAAGGUUUACCUUCAUCGGCACCCCGCCUUCUUUGGUCGAGUGAAGGAUGUGGUUGAGGAUUGUUGCGGUUCAUGCCCAAAACCAACCACUGAUGAGGAGAUCGAGGUUGCGGAGAAGGAAUCCAAACGAUAUGUCUCUGGCAAGAUGGAUUUUAUCGUUGAUGAUCCCGGAAGACAGGAGAUUGGAUCAUUCAAUCCAUUAACAGAACAGGACUGGACUGAUAUGGCCUAUGUCGGAAACACAGCCCGCCUCUGUCAGUCGAUUGUUGAUGGUGAUGUCGAUGAGGUCAAAGACUGGCUGUCGCAAGAUGGAGCGGACGUUGAUCAGAGGGACCACACGGGCCGCACACCACUUCAGCUAGCUGUUGUUUCAUCCACGCCAGAGAUUGUACAGUGCCUGGUGGACAGCGGUGCCCGUAUGAUUUCUCGGCUAGCCGAUGGUAGGACCGCACUACAUCUGGCGGCUUCUCGUGGCAGUUCGGACAUUAUCAAAAUCCUCAUGGAGAAGAGUCUCCAAAAUGAACAAGCAGACGAAGAGAGGAAGGAUAAGCAAGCCACGACUGGAAAGAACGCCACGCCCAUAGCCAACGACGCUGACGAGUCUGAUAUCGAACUACUUGAUAAACCGGACAGCGAUGAUGAUGAAUCUAUGGCGACGGAAUCUUUUGUCAAGAUCCGAAAUGACGAAGAUGAACACAAAGAUUUGGAUGGGUCUGCGGAAGAUCCGGACAUCUUUAAUAUCGAUGUCCUGGCGUGGGAUGUUCCUUGCUCUCCGCUGCACCUGGCUAUUGUUGCUGGACACGAGGAUGCUGUUAAGAUGCUCUGCGACUAUAGCGCAGAUUCUAUUCUGCCAGUGAAAUUCUUUGAUCGCUACAAUAAUGAGCAGAGCACCGCGCUCCUGACAUUGACACUGGCAUUGACGCUUCCCUCAGCGAAGGCCAAGUCUAUGGCUCAGUUGCUCUGUACCCUGGGAGCAACUUCUUCCCAGGCGGAGAGCAACGGAACAACAGCUUUUCAUCGAUAUGUGGCGAGCGGUCAGUUGGAUAUGGUAGACACGCUGCUGGAAGCUGACCGCUCAGGUGUCAAGAGGGCAAUAAACCACUUUCUCAUCACUGGUUCUAGCUGGAGCCCGUCUACUAUUUCGGCUUUGCACACCGCCAUUGAACAAGGCGACUCGAUUCUUGCUCUCAAGCUUCUGAACAUGGGAGCUCAGCCCACCAUCAAGUUUGAAACGUGGCUCAAAUCUGCCAAGUUUUCGCUCGCAAUGGCGGACUCUCUUGGCGAUCUGGAGGGAAGCAAGAAUUCCUUCCGAUCGCGGGUCCAACAACCACUGCUCAGCGCAAUCUACAACGGCCAGCCAGCUAUUGCGAUGCAACUUUUAGAGUCAGGGGCGAAUCCGAACACUCUGACCACCGAAACCGAGGAUCUUCUUAUUCACGAGCAUAGACGACCCUAUUCCACGGGUAGUAGUGUACUGGACGUCGUAAACAAUUUUCUUGAUCAGAUAGAUGAGAAAAUACAGACGGAAAGCCGAUCCAAAAAGCCUACCGAGCCACCAAAGGGCCCUAAGAAUACGGACGCGUGUCUCAGCAAGUACACUCCUGGAACUUACCAGCAUUGGGUUGUGUCUGAGCAAAUCAAGAUAUCCAAAAAGCGAUUUCUCAAGAAGAUGGAAGAAUACGAGAAAAACAUGGCCCAGGCCGCAUCUAGAAAAGAUGAUAGUAAGGAAGAUGCCUUGAAAGAUAUCAAACCGGCAUACCAGAACCUCGGAGAAUUACUGAAAUCCAAGGGAGCUAAGCCCUUUGCCGAGCUUCACCCCGAUGUGAAAGGCCCAGACAACGACCAACGGUACAGACCAGUCCGGUAUAGGACAUCAGAAGAAGAGGAGGAGAAGGAUUUCGAUUGGGAAUUUUGCUUUUAUGGCGACCAGGACAUUACGGACGCGAGGAAGACAGGCUACCUCAAUUUGACAUGGCUUCAUUCUUGCAUCCCCACCUUCAUUAUCUAUCCUUUUUUUCACUUUGCCUCAUGUUUUCAUCUCAUCCAUAUGCUAACACGAUAUUUUAGGAUGGAGGCCGCGUGGGCCGGUGAUGUCGAACGUCUGAGAGCCCUGACCCUCCACCCCUUGGGCCCUAACAAAGACCAAGCCCCUCUCAAGAUAUCGGUAUUGGAUAGCCAGUCGAACAAUGCGUUUUCUCUUGCGUUCCUCCGAGGUCACUUUGAAGCAGCCAAGGUUGUUCUAGAGAUAGUGAAAUCGCAGUGGGCUCCACAGGAACAACCAAAGAUGCAAUACAAGAUGAGGGAAGAUGCCGAGGACGACGAAGAGGAUGAUGAAAUGAGCGAGGACGAAAACGAGCUUCAAAUCGUCGGCGAAAAGGCCAAUGGGAAGACGACAAUUGAUGAUAUUGGAGUUGUUUCAAUGGUUGUCACCUCCACGACUAAACCACACAUGAUGAUCAAUUAUCAAGUGUCUCGUUUCAUCAUAAAGGAGGAUGGCCAGGCUGAGGGAUUCGAUCAGGGUACUCUUUUCCGGCAUUGCUUCAAGCACGAUGAUCGCCAAGGAAUGCAGUUUCUGAUUGAGCAAGCUCAGUAUUGGAUUUCUCAGAAGUAUGAUUCUGCAAAAGUCAGUGCUGGCGAUAAGGAGGAUGAAGAGAUGAAAGAAUCAGAACAUGAAGAUGACGAGAUGCAAGAAGCUCUCGAUGAAGAUAGCGAUGCUAAGAAGAACAAAGAAGAAGAAGAGGGAGAACAGCCUAGCGUUUUCCGGUUUCCCGAAGCUGAUCUCCAGUACGGAAUCAGGAAAGGAAAGACCGAGUUACUCGGGCUCCUCAUUGCACAGACGGGAGCUGGCGUGCCGUUGGAGACUCUCGUGAAGGAACUCGAUUUGGCGGAGAAGAAGAAGCCCAAAUACUAUCAAGGACUGACAGUCUACGGGAAGAAAAGAUCGGAUUGGGCCAACGCUGGCCGAGAAACGGUGGUUGAAACGAGAAGCGGAUUGAGUUACAGCCCAUUGCGGUGUGCUGCCCGUUCCGGUUCGAUUGAAAGUGUCAGGUACUUCCUCAGUGACAAGCCGUACCAACUGUAUUCGGCUUUUGGAUCAUCAAGUCUUGCGAUCAGAGAUCCGUAUAUUCAGCUUUUAAACAAGGUUCCUGACGGCUACAACCGUGCUAUGUUGAAGUGGCUUAAAAGUGACCGUGACUCCGUCAUGCACGAUGCUAUAGAGUGCUCGGAUUUAGAGAAGUCGGAGAAACUAGUCAAUUUUCUGAUUGAUGUUUGUCCUGAUGUUCUGGAGAAGAGAUCCUCCAACGGUUACACCCCAUUGAUGUCUGCCUGUUGGAAUCGAAACGUCGAAAUCAUGAAGAUCCUUAUCGCGGCAAACGUGGACCAAUCCGUCCGCCUCGACACUGGACACAAUAUCUUGCACGUUGCUCUAAGCCAGAAGCAGGAUGUCGACACCCUCCGCCAAGUUUUGGACCUCAUCGAUCCAGCCUUGCGGGCACAUCUCUUCCAACAACGGAAGAGAUUGACACAAGGUGGCACUGCGCCCAUUCAUUCCUGGAUCUCCAUGGUCUGUGGCCAAGGCGGGAAUACCACAUAUGAUUAUUCCAGCCGCCGAUGGCACGACUACCACGGAGAGUGGAAGGACGUAGCCCAGAUUCUUAACCUCCUACUCGAAUAUUCCAAUGGCGAAGGACUGGAGCUUCUCAAUGGCGCCGGGGACACUCCUCUCCAUACAGCUAUAAUGUAUCGUCAUAUUGUUCUCGCCAGGGUGCUCAUUAAGUUUAAACCUGAACUUCUCUACCGUGAGAACGCCGUCGGUCGCACACCCGCUGAGAUGGCAUACGACAAUCUAACUGCAUCUCAGCUGGUCAAGCCGAAUACCUUGGGUCUGGUCUAUACGGGCAACUCGAUUAACCACAUCAUACAGCGCAUGGAAAUCCCUAAGAAUGACCAUACCGAAGAUCUGUCCAGCACCAAUGUAGCAGCCAGGCUUAGUGAGGCUGGCCUCGGUGGUGAAUACAAGCCAGAGAUGGUGGAGAAGAUUUUGACGGCCGCGGGUCUGAAUGAAAAUGAUAAGGGCCUCGACAUUGGCAGUGAUCUUACCGAGAGAAUAAUCUGGGACCUCUGCAGCACAGCCGUCAGGAACAACCCUCAUCAUCGUCGGCUUGUGUCGCUUAAUGAGGCAAACGAUGUUGCCCGCAGGCUGAGUGAGGAGCAUAGUAUCCAGAGAUAUUGCAGUGAUCGGCCCAGCAAGGUCGAAGACGGCAGCGAGGAUGGCCAUCCUGGGGAAUGA